AUGUCUUCCGGGUACUUGCUAGUUUUGCUCCUGGGAGCGGUGCUUUUCGCCGCUGCCGUCCUCUCCGACGGCCACCACCCUUUAAAAAAAGAGCAUAAACCACACCACAAGCACCACCACAAACUGACCAAAAAAAAAAAGCACCACCACAAGCACCACCCUGGUGGUCGCCAUCUCAUGGAGACCGUCGAAGCCGAGGACUCACACAAGCCAUUCCCUAAACACAAGCCCCCACACCACGACCACCCUCUCGAGCACAUUCUUGUCGAGGAGGUUGAAAAGGAAGACUCCCACAAAAAGCCAUUCCCCGGCAAGAAACCGCCCCACCACCCCGGCCACUUGCUUGCCGAGGAAGUGGAAGCCGAUGAAAAAAAGAAGCCAUUCCCCGAGCACAAACCCCCAAAGAAAGGCGACAAGCCACCACCGAAGCACAAGCCGCCCCACAAGGGACACAUUCUCGUAAAGGAGGUGGAAGAGGACUCGAAGAAGCCAUUCCCUGAGCACAAGCCCCCCAUGAAAGGUGAGGAGCCCAAGAAGGGAAAGGGAGAUAAGCCACCACCAAAGCACAAGCCACCACACGAGGGACACAUUCUCGUAGAGGAGGUGGAAGAGGACUCUAAGAAGCCAUUCUGUGAGCACAAGCCGCCAAAGAAAGGCGAGGAGCCAAAGAAGGGAAAGGGAGAGAAGCCGCCCCCAAAGCACAAGCUUUGCUUGUGA